AUGGCUCCAGCAUUCAAGCCCUUUCUCUCUGAGUUGGACAAUCCUCAGCACUACGCCGAGCUUAAGCAAAGAAUCGAAGCCGGCAAGUUGAGUGACGCCAAAGAGGCCACCAGCGAGCAGUCAAAGCUUCUUUACCCUGAGUAUUUGGUUGCUACCACUCCAGCAGAAGCCAACAAAUACAACAACCAGAAAAAUGUUGACGGCGCCAAAACCGAUAAGGGCCACCUUGGAGAUCCAGAGUUCAAGAGCUUGUUCAACAAGCCCCACAAGAAAAUUGACUUGUCUCCAAACUUUGGAACAGAGAUCGAAGGGAUUCAGCUUAGUGAACUUGACGACCAGGGCAAAAACGAUUUGGCUCUAUUCCUUGAAACUCGUGGGUUGGCGAUCUUUCGCAACCAGGACUUCAGAGACAAAGGUCCUGAGUUCGCUGUGAACUUUGGCAAGUAUUUCGGCCCAUUGCACAUUCAUCCGGUUGCUUACUCUGCCAAAGAUCACCCAGAGCUCUUUGUCACCUUCAGGAAAGCUGGCGAUGGGUCCAGGUACGAGGAAGCCUUCAAAUACACCACCGGCUCGUAUGCGUGGCACUCAGACGUUUCUUUUGAAGAGUACCCAUCUUCAUUUUCCUUUUUCGUUGCUUUGGAGGCUCCAGAAAGCGGAGGAGAUACCCUUUUCAUCGACGGCAGAGAAGCUUACAGGCGGUUGUCGCCUCAGGUGCAAAAGUUCUUGGAGGGUCUCACUGCUAUCCAUUCCAACUACUACCAGAACAAAAUGGCUACUCUCCGUAACCAAGUAGCCAAAAUCAAAGCUGACUAUUUCACGGAGCAUCCUUUGGUGAGAACACAUCCAGUAACUGGGGAAAAGAGCUUGUUUUUCUCGAGGGUGUUUAUCCAAAAGAUCAAGGGCUUGAAAGCGUCAGAGUCGGAUGCAAUUCUCAACUUUUUGGAAGAUCACGUCACCAACAUCCCUGAGUUUCAAGUGAGAGCGGCUCACAGAGGCACCGAUUCCAGAUCGGUGAUUGUUUGGGAUAACAGGAUCUUGUUGCACUCCCACUGCAAUGACUUCUUGCAGCACGAGACUUCUGCCAGGCACCACUUUAGGAUCACCAACAUUGGAGAGAAACCAUACUUGGACACCGAGGGGAGCCUGAGUGAUGACGAAAAGCCUAAGGCCUACUAA